GGGCCCCACAGCCUCCUGAGCGCGGAGAGGCGGGGCGGCUCCGACCGGCAGCCGCGCCCCCGCCCCUCGGCUUGGCUCGGCUCAGCUCCGGUUGCGGGGCGCCCCGCGCGCGGGCACACGGCGGCCGGAGCGCCGACGCGGUACCUUCAGCCGUGCCAUGAGAAGAGCCCGGGAGUAGCAAGUGGAGCCCGUGGAGAGGGUGGCGGCGCCUGGGGUGGCUGCUGCCACCGCGGCUGCUUGAAACUCCCCAAAGUUGAAAGCCGGAGAGAGGCUGCCGCCCGCCGGGAGCAAGAGGGAAAGGAAGUAGGAAGGUGCCAGAGGGACAGACGGACGCGCACGGACAGACGCACAGACCUGCAGGAGAUACCGCUGUCGGCGGCCUAUCCCCGGAGCCCGGGAGCUUCCCAGCUCUAUUGACUGGUGGGAGGCUGAGCUGGUGAAAAGGCACCUGGAAGAGACUGGGAGGCGACCAUAAUGUCUUUUCGGUUACACACACUGCCCACCCUGAAUGGAGUUCUCAGACCGGGUUGCAGAGAGCUGCUGUGUUUGUUGGUGAUCACGGUGACUGUGAGCCAAGGCGUCUCCGGGGUGUGCCCCACCGCUUGCAUCUGUGCCACCGAUAUUGUCAGCUGCACCAACAAAAACCUGUCUAAGGUGCCUGGCAACCUUUUCAGACUGAUUAAGAGACUGGAUCUGAGUUAUAACAGAAUAGGGCUUCUGGAUUCCGAGUGGAUUCCAGUAUCAUUUGUCAAGCUGAACACACUCAUUAUUCGCCAUAACGACAUCACCAGUAUUUCCUCGGGCAGUUUUUCCACAACUCCAAAUUUGAAGUGUCUUGACUUAUCAUCCAAUAAGCUGAAGACGGUGAAAAAUGCCGUGUUCCAAGAGUUGAAGGUUCUGGAAGUGCUCCUGCUUUACAAUAAUCACAUCUCCUAUCUUGAUCCUUCAGCCUUUGGAGGGCUAUCCCAAUUGCAAAAACUCUACUUAAGUGGAAACUUUCUUACACAGUUUCCUAUGGAUUUGUAUGUUGGAAGGUUCAAGCUACCAGAACUGAUGUUUUUAGACGUCUCUUAUAACCGGAUUCCCUCCAUACCAAUGCACCAUAUAAAUUUAGUGCCAGGGAAACAGCUGAGAGGCAUCUACCUUCAUGGGAACCCUUUUGUCUGUGACUGUUCCCUGUACUCAUUGCUUAUCUUUUGGUAUCGUCGGCACUUUAGCUCAGUGAUGGAUUUUAAGAACGAUUACACCUGUCGCCUGUGGUCUGACUCCAGGCACUCCCAUCAGCUGCUUCUGCUUCAGGAGAACUUUAUGAAUUGUUCUGAUAGCGUCAUCAAUAGUUCCUUCCGUGCAUUUGGCUUUAUUCACGAGGCCCAGGUCGGGGAAAGGCUGAUUGUCAACUGUGACAGCAAGACUGGUAAUGGCAAUACCGAUUUUGUCUGGGUUGGUCCAGAUAACAGACUGUUGGAGCCAGACAAAGAGAUGGAAAACUUUCACGUAUUUUACAAUGGAAGUCUGGUUAUAGAAAGCCCUCGUUUUGAGGAUGCUGGAGUUUAUUCUUGUAUUGCAAUGAAUAGGCAACGCCUGUUAAAUGAAACUGUGGAUGUCACAAUCCACGUGAGCAAUUUCACUGCAAACAGACCCCACGCUCAUGAGGCAUUUAACACCGCUUUCACCACUCUUGCCGCCUGUGUGGCCAGUAUCGUUUUGGUACUUUUGUACCUCUAUCUCACACCGUGCCCCUGCAAGUGUAAAGCCAAGAGACGGAAAAAUACACUAAACCAAAGCAAUGCCCAUUCAUCUAUUCUCAGUCCGGGUCCCGCUAGUGAUGCCUCCACUGAUGAACGGAAGGCAGGUAAAAGAGUGGUGUUUUUGGAGCCCAUGAAGGAUACUGCAGCAGGGCAGAAUGGCAAAGUCAGGCUCUUACCCAGCGAGACGGUCAUAGCUGAGGGCAUCUUAAAAUCCACAAGGGUGAAGUCUGACUCAGAUUCAGUCAAUUCCGUGUUCUCAGACACACCCUUUGUGGCAUCCACCUAAUUGUGUGCCUGUAUUUGUAAGAUGUCAUCAUUUAGUUUCUCCAUAUUUAUCUUGUCCUGCUAUUUAUUAGCAGGACAGAAAUAAAGAAAAU